AUGGAUCCAAUGGACGAAGAUGUGGACAUGGACGCUCCUCAAAUUUCCACCUUGCGAGAAGAGAACACACCACCGCCGUCGCGGCAAUCCAAGUUCCGCGUCAAGUUACUUGUGAGCGAGAAGGGAAGUGGUAGCGGAGCGUCGGCCUCACCCUCAAGUACCCCGCGGAAACUCCCCACGGACAUCCCUCCAGUACCCUCAGAGACUCCUGAAGGAGACGUUGGUGAUGACGACGAAGAUGAAGAGGACCAACUCAUUGACGACGAUGACGACGAUGUGCAAGCUGCAUCUGCUUCAGCAUCCGUCCUCGGGAAACGUAAGGGCCAAGCCAAGAAGAUGAAGUCUCGUAAGAGUGACAAACCUCGAGAAUCGUUGACAGAGAUAGCACGAGGCGAAGAUUGGCCCACCGAGAGUGCUAGUGCUGUUGGCUCGGGCGAGACACAGUCAACCAAACUUUCUGGGAAAAAGAAUGUCGCAUCCGCUCCUCGCAAGUCUAUUCCUACCCAACGUUCUAAGCACAAGGCACCCAAACAGCCCAAGACUCAGUCCCUCUCUGUUCCUGUCACUGCCGACGAUGCUAUGAGUGAAACUGCAUAUACUGGUACCGCACCUUCUUCACCCCUACCUUUUGACGCACUCCCACUUGACCUUGAACCGGACGACCAGGAUGAACCUCCGCCUAUUGAAGCCAACUAUGAUAACAGCCCCAUGCCAGUAUACCCGCUACCCUCAAAACCUUUUCCUGUUCAGCCUCCACCAAAGAUAGGAACAAGUUUUGCACCAGUCAUACCGCUGGACCGCAGUCGGAACAAGGUUCGUCACUGGCGCCAGGCGAACCGGGAAAUUCGGGGGAUAGCCGGAGGCCGGUGGUUUACAAAGACUUGGGUUGGGGACAAGGAUUCUGAACUCUCUGUCGCUGCGUUGAAACUCGCUCCUACGGAAAAGUCGGUCUCCGCCGGGUUUCCAUUGUCGAAGGGUGCUAUUGCUGCUUUGUCUGCGUCUUCAGGGAAGGGCACGGGGAAAGGCAAGGGAUCGCGCGCACAAUCUGGUCCUUCUGCGAACACUUCGCGUGCAGGUUCACAUGUGCCAGAUACUCAUGCCACCAAAACACCCACCAACUUGCGCAACAUCGUCGCUACCGAAGAAGGUGCCAGUGGACAAGAGUCUGAUGCACCUGCUAUCCUCGAACCUGUUGCUCAGCCAACGGAAGGUUAA